AUUGGAAAUUAUUUAGCGCGACAUCUGUCGUUGGAUCUUGAUGAUCGAUGCUACGUUUUCAAGAUGGUGGCAGACGAGUUAGAUUUUAGUAGGCGCGGUUCUUUCGUUCGAUCAUUCUUUAAAAUUGCACAGUAGCAAGACAUAUAAGAAUCGUCGAAGAAAAAACAUAAAAAUAUUACGUUCUUGUAAUAUCUCAACGGAAUAUCCAAAAUUUUUAACUCUGAUUUAUAGUGUCAGCUGAUAAAAUGUUUACCAACGUUUCUGCAAAUGCAUUGUCUAUAUCUCUUACGCGAGAUAUUUUGUAGUCUAGAUAUUUGUACUAAAGGAUUCGUAAAAAAACUAAACGAUAAAAGUACAAUCCUUUAAUAUUAAAGAAUUCCUUUAUGUAAGAAAAGUGACUGUGGGUACCAUGGAAAAGUUAAAAGAUCAUGGCUGGUACCUUUCUAACCAUGGAUUUAAUCUUGUCAGCGAUUCUGGAAAUAUCAAUGACUUAGAGAAAAUAUUGAGACGUUGUCUAGAUCUCGAUCUAAAGGAAAUUGGUAGUGGUCAAGGUGAUAUUCAUCAAGGAAAUAUUGUAUUACAAAUACAAAAAUUACGUAAUGUUGCUGCCCCUAAAAGUAAUGAAGAAUCUCGUGGUGCACCGCGUAUGUUAAAAUUAUCAUUAACCGAUGGUAAAAAUAAUUAUCAAGCUGUAGAAAUUGAAUCACUUUCUUCCAUAAGUUUAAACACACCUCCUGGUACAAAACUAUUGCUCAAGUCAGGAAGUAUACCCAUGUCACAUGGAAUUAUUUUGUUAAAACCCUCGCACAUAAGUCAACUAUUAGGAGGAAGAGUAUCGAGUCUUGUAGAGAAAUGGGAAUUAAAUAAAAAAUUAGCACAUCAUUCAAGAGUAAGAUCCGCGGAGGAAGGUGGUCCUCCACCAUGGAUACCAUUUGGAAAAAAGAUUAUAAAAAUUUCUGAUCGUGAUAAAAAUUUCAAAGCAAUAGCAGAAAAGGAUAAAUCUAGUAAAGAAAAUGCAGAAUUUGAAGCACAGCGUAAAGAUGCAAUAGCUGAGGCUGCUAAGCAAGGUAGCAAAAAAGUUUUUGGUGGUGGAAAUAAACAGCUAUUAGAUCAUAGUGUACAAAGGAUAGUAGAACAAGGAUUUUCCAUAGAACAAGCUGAAUAUGCUUUGCGCGUAAACAGAAAUAAUGUUGAUAAAGCAAUCAAAAGUUUACAAAGAACUAAUAAUAAACACAAAGAGUCAAGGGAACCAAGAGAACCAAGAAGUAAACGUUUUGAUAAAAAAUCUGAGGAAAGUAAACCAAGCAGUGGGAAAAUAUCUUUAUUUGAUUUUCUUGAGGACAAAUUGCCAAUUCAACCGGAGCCAAUAGAAACUACUCAAAAUAAUUAUGUACAAAAUAAUGAAAAUAAUGUUGAACGUCUCGAAUCAAAAGCAGAUACACAUAAUGCUAGAGGAGGACGAUCUCAAAGAGGAGGUCGUGGGUAUCAAGCUCCACCAAGACAUAGUGAAGAAAAUAAGGCAAAUAAAAGAUUAAAUAAUAAUAAUAAUUCUGGUACUUCACAAUACUCGCAGUACAAUGGAAAUAGUAAUACUCAACAAAGUAAACCACCAAGAUUUCAACGAAAUCAGGAUACUCAUGGUUACUAUCAUCAAGACAAUGGAAAUAGAACUGGUCCUCAAAAGAAUCAACAUAAUGAAUAUAAAAAUUCUCUUCCUCAAUCACAUUCUGGUAUUGGAUAUACCGAUGACAGUGGUGGUUGUCAUAAAAAUCAACAUGAGCAACAAGGAAAAAAUUCUUCUAAUAAUAGAAAUUAUAAUCAUUACGAAUCAGAAACUAGGAAUAGACACCUUGCUGAUAAUUCCUAUAACAGACACAAUCGAGUACAAGAGACAGGAACUAGAAUUUAUGGAGCAAAUACACCCGAUAGGAAUUAUAGAAAUCAGUUAAAUAAAUAUCAAUUAAAUGAUAAUGCGAGUAAUAGGGAAAACGUUGGAUCUACUGCUCACAAAAAUGAAAAUCAUAAUUUAAAUAAUCAAAGUACCAAUGUUCCUGUCAGUACUCCAUGGGUAUGGCAAAUAGGUGAUAAGUGUAUGGCUAAGUAUUGGGAAGAUAACAGAUAUUAUAAUGCUGAAGUAACUGCCGUAUCUGAAAGGACGUGCGUUGUACAAUUUAAAGGUUUCGAAAAUUACGAAGAAGUGCUUCAAGUAGAUUGUAUACCUAUAACGGAAGACAUUCAUAUGGAAAAGAAUGAUCGAGGAAGGGAUCAAAGAGCAAAUAAUAGACAAACUCGAAAUGAGCAAAGUCAAAAUAACAUUGCAGCUGGUAUGGAGUUCCGUAGAAGCGGCAAUGGACCUAGUUCUGGUAAUAAAGGUUAUAGUAAGAAGAGAGGUCCAGUACGUAGUACUCAGCCAAUCUAUCAGCCACCGGCACAACGAAAUCAUUAUUCCAUGCCAACCAAUAUACAAAAUAAUUCUCUACUCUAAUGUGUGUAGUAUCAAUAAUUUUCUUUAGAAAAGUAAAGGAAGCUCUACUGAAUAUUCAGUCAUAGUUUUGCUGCUGGUUCAAGACUGACUCUAUGGAGCACCACAUACUUUCCAUAUGUGCAGAGAUAAAUUCUACAUGUGCAAGUCCGUAGGUUAUUUAAGGAAUAAUUAAAUGAAUUUUUUUGUGUGGCAAAUGAUUUGUACUCAACGUUGAGAUUCAAUAUGUAAUAACUGUAUAAUUAUGAUACAAAUUGUUUCCUUAUGUGGUAUGUGAAGAAAAUGGAAGCUAACACUUCAAAAAAAAAAAUAUAUAUAUAUCGAUACUAAAA